AGACGUACUUUCUCAAGUGGAUCAAAGAUUACUGUGGAAAAAACCCUGCUUAGUCCUAAACUCAGACACAUAAGCCAUAAAAAAGCAGAAGAGGGCAGUCCUUAGCGGGAGACACGGGGAAACCUCUCCAAUGCUGCACGGGACCACAGCAGCACAGUUAAAGGUUACAGCAGCACCACCGCUGUAUAGGGAAAUAUCACAAUGCAAAUGGAUCAGACGUACGGGGAGGUGAAUCAGCUCGGCGGUGUGUUUGUUAAUGGUCGGCCGCUUCCCAAUGCCAUCCGGAUCCGUAUUGUGGAGCUGGCGCAGCUGGGAAUCAGACCCUGCGACAUCAGUCGACAACUCAGAGUCUCUCAUGGAUGUGUGAGCAAAAUCCUGGCCAGAUACAACGAGACCGGCUCCAUUUUACCCGGCGCAAUCGGAGGGAGUAAACCGCGGGUCACGACGCCAAACGUGGUGAAAAGCAUACGGGAUUAUAAACAGGGCGACCCUGGGAUAUUUGCUUGGGAAAUACGCGACAGACUGCUGGCCGACGGAGUGUGUGAUAAAUAUAAUGUUCCGUCUGUGAGCUCCAUCAGUCGCAUUUUAAGAAACAAGAUUGGGAACCUGUCUCAGCCGAGUCAGUAUGACAGCAAACCCUCCCCGCCGCAGAUCUCUUACAAUCCCGUGUAUCCGUACUCAUACCCGAACACCAUGUCACCAACCGGCUCCAAACUGGGCAGUCCUCCGGCUGUGUCUGUCAGCUUGUCCCGAGCCUGGCCCUCAGUCCACACCGUCAGCAAUAUAUUAGGAAUACGGGCUUUCAUGGAUCCAGCAGCUAUUGCUGGAACAGAGAGUUAUCAGCCCAAAAUGGAGGACUGGACGGGCGUCAACAGACCUUCGUUUCCUUCCGUUCACGGAGUCAACGGCAUCGAUAAGCCCCCUUUAGAAAGUGACAUUAAGUACACCCAGGCUUCAUCAAAUUUAUCGGGAUAUGUUCCUGCGUGCGCAUACUCCGCCACUAAUCAGUACGGUGUUUACGGUGGGCAUGCCGGUAAUUAUGGGCACUGGCAGUCACAGAGCGCGGGUCUCAGUCAUCCGAACACCGGCACCAUGAUCCAGAGCCCGAACCUGCACAGCGCCAUCUCCUUCAAAAACACAAGCCGAGAAGCUGUCGAGAGAAAGAGUCCACUGAGCAAACACCAGCACGAGGGUCUGAGCUCCGUUCAUGGACUCUCAGACUAAUAAGAACACAAAGACCACCGAAAAGAAAAAACAAAACACCACUUUCAUCAUGCAGUUCAUCCUUCAUGUGCAGCUUCAUGGACUCAUUCAUCAGUAAGUUCUGGAUAAAACACACCUGAAUGUUUCACACCGUUACGGACACGUGGGAUCUGAAGCUGUGGAGAUACUGUACCACAGAGGAUUUCUGCAAUAUUUGCAGUAGAUUUGUUUUUUUGAUGUUGUUUUUAUGGUGCAAAUCAGUUAUAAUGUCAGGCUGUUGUUAUAAAUGGACUGCAAUUGGUUUGAAUAUUCUCUUGUUAGUAAAUCAGCCUUGUUAAAGUGGUUAGGGAAAUGAGAUUGUUGCAUUCUUUUGUGCCUGUAUGAUAUCGAAUGGCCUUUGAGUUGGUAAUAUGUGCAUAUCUAUUUUUAUAAAUUCAUUUCUGCUUAAUAAAGGCAUGGCAAAAGUGAACUGAACAGUCUUUUUGCGUUUCAUCAGUUCUGUAUGGCUGAGUUCUGCUCAACAGCCACAGUCAAGAUAACAUGUUUACAGAGAGAUUAUGUGGGAUUUUGCUGUCGAUGUUUGUUCACAUGACUGAAGAUCUGCUCGGACAACUUAUAAAUAAACAGAUGAUCCCAUCAAACUGUUGCCAUAAGUUAGUUUAGAUGACCUUAUGUGACAAAAAAAAAAAAUCUCUGGCGGACACACACUCAAAAAAAAAAAGACGUUUGCUGCUUGUUUGAGCUACUUAUUUAAAAUGAGUUGAAACAACACAACUGUUUAGUUGUUUUGGGACAACCUAAUUGUUUCAUGUUGAAUCCAAUUUGUUAAAACGAUUAAGUUAACUGAAUCGGAUUGUGUUGAGAAAACAUGACGGUAUUAUGUGCAACCCAGCAUU